GACCAGCGAGUCGCUGCACAAGCAUUUUUACAGAAUUCUUCAUAUGGCAACAAUUUUAUCUGUCAAAAGUGUCAAACAACUGUCAAAAUGUUGACAGCUUCUGUUACCAAACAAUAUUGAUAUUUGUGUCACAUUUAUGUGAGUUUUUAUUUGCAAACAUAUGUUUGACCAGCGAGUCGCUGCACAAGCGUUUUUAGAGAAUUCUAUAUAUGGCAAUAAUUUUAGCUGUCAAAAGUGUCAAAAAUAUUGUCAAACGAGUUUACACAUAACCUAGAUUCUCAAAUUCUCAUGUUAGUUCAUUCGUUACGGAAGUUUAUAGUUUAUAUCGUAUUAUAAUGGCUAAACCGAUUAGAAGCAGUGUGAGGAGCAUGUUAUUUACGAUAAUCUGUAACUAUAAUCAAGUUCGACACGACGAAAAUGAGAGAUUACUAGAAAAGAAGCGAAUAUUGGACGAAAUCAUUCAGGCGACCGGUAAGUCAUUAUCAAACAAUGUUGAUGCUUCUUGUACCAAAUUUAAUUUACGAGAUAGGAACAUUUGUUUGUAUUACUAAACUUAUGAUUUAUUUAUAUUACAGCGGGCGUAGAUGACGAAAAUGUUAGAGAAACUAUUCAAAAGCUAACAAGCGAACUGAAGAAUGUUAUUGAUAAUAACGCAUCAGAAUCAAGUUAUUUAGAGAAAGUGUCUACUAUGACAGGUGCAAGCAUUCGUACACUACGCACAAUUAAAAAAGAGGGUUCUAUUAACCAAGGCCAAUGGAAUACGCCAGGGAAAAAACGACCCCGGCCACCAACUGUGUCAAAUUUAGACAAUUUUGAUGUGUCAGCCAUCCGUAAUAAAAUUAAUGAGUUUUAUUGCGUCAAAAAGCAGGUACCUACUCUAAGAGCCUUACAUGCGGAUUUGAAAGAAUCUAUAGGAUUCUCAGGAUGUUGUGAAACACUGAGGAAAAUACUACACGAGAACGGAUUUGAGUUUAAAAAAAAUAAAGAAGAGCGCUCCAUCCUCAUGGAAAAGUUUGAAAUAUCUGGGUGGAGGCAAAGGUUUCUUAGAGCUAUACAUAAAAAACGGGAAGAAGGAAAAAAUAUUGUGUAUCUUGAUGAGACAUAUGUCCAUCAAAAUUACAGACCGAAGAAGUCAUGGCAAGGGCCUUCAACUUCCGGUUUAGUUGAAAAAAUUUCCUCGGGUAAGCGGCAUAUUAUAGUGCAUGCUGGAUCAGAGCAAGGAUUUGUGCCCAAUGCUUUGCUUGUUUUUAGCACAAAAUCCAAAGCAGCUGACUAUCAUGAUGACAUGAACAGUUCUAAUUUUUUAAAGUGGCUACGAGAAAUGUUAAUCCCAAAUUUGACUGAGCCCAGUGUAAUUGUUAUGGACAAUGCCAGUUACCAUGUAACACAAAUAAAUAAGCCUCCAACCAUGCACAGCUUAAAGGCUGAUAUUCAAAAAUGGCUAAGGGAAAAUAAUAUCCCAUAUGAAGAGUGUUUCAAAAAGGAGGAAUUGAUGUGCCUCGUUGAGGAAAAUAAAAUUAGUCCCAUAUAUGCAGCAGAGGAGUUAUUGAAGCAGCAUGGGCAUGAGGUCCUUAAAUUGCCUCCAUACCAUUGCGAUCUAAACGCUAUUGAGUUGAUAUGGAGCCUCACAAAGCGAAAAAUAGCCAGCAGAAAUGUGGGGCUACCGGGUUCAGAUACGGAAAACUUGAUCCGAGAAUGUUUUGCAAUGAUUACCCCGGAAGAUUGGAAAAAAAGUACAGACCAUGUAAUAAAUGUGGAACGAAAAUACAAGUCUAAGGACAACAUUACAGACACUGAACUAGCUCCAUUCAUAAUAGAAGUUCGGGAAAGUGACAAUGACAGUGAUAGUUCUCUGUCAGGAAUUGAAUUUCUUGAAUCCGAUUUCGAUUAUGAUUCUUAAAUAAAUAGGCACCUUCUUUAUAAACUAACAAUAUUAAAAGUAGAUUGAAACUAAA